AUGUCUGAUCUCGAACUGUCCUACGUUGGCGCUCCACCUCCAGCUCUUCCUCAAGCCAACAUCUUCGACUUCAUCUUCUCCAAUCCUCUUCGAAAGGAUGGCCCUGUCUCCCAACAUGCUCCCGACCUUCAAUCUCGCAACCAUGUCAUACCCAACAUAGCUCCUCACAAGCCUCUGCUUGUUGAUCCUCUCUCAGCCGCCCAAGUCAGUUGGGAUAGAGUCCGAAUCGAUUCAUUGCGUAUUGCAGCUGGACUGCAUGCUUUAGGCCUGCAACCUACCCCUACUGCUCCUCUCUCCUCGGAUAGCAAUACUCCAAUAAUCUCUCCAGUUGUCUUGCUACAUCUUCCCAAUUCCCUGGCCUUUGCUCCGCUGCUCUUCGGUGUGCUUGCCUCAGGCCUGACUGUGACUAUGGCUAACCCUGGACUGACAUCUGGUGAGCUCGCAUGGAUUCUAAAAUCCGCCGAACCUCAAGUCGUUGUGACAACGCCAGAAGGUCUGCAGGUUCUCAAUGCAGCCAUCGGCGAGACCGAGAGCCCCAAAGUCAAGGCUAAUCUCAUCAACAAACACCGUAUCUAUAUCGUAGACCCUUCUCACGACGAGUACGGUCUCCCUUCUGCGCAUACCAAGACUACCGGUCAGGAUCACCAUUCACAAGACUGGAAAGCGUUGCUAGCCUCAAAGCCACUAAAGGCUCCAGUUCAAUUCAACUCAGGCGAAUACCAGAAACGAACGGCAGUCAUCCUCUGGUCUUCUGGUACUUCGGGCAAAUCCAAGGGUGUUGUUCUCUCGCAUCAAGCCCUUGUCAGCAACGUACACUCACUUUGGCAUAUCAACCAGGCAUUCGAUGGAGAUCAACGAUGGCUAGGCUUUGCUCCAUUCUACCACAUCUUUGCCUUGUGCAACGUCCUACUACUUGCGGUCGCAUCCGGAGCCACCAUCUUUGUCAUGCCAAAGUUUGAUCCCAAGCUUAUGCUCGAUAACGUACAGCGCUUCCGCGUCACCUUCCUACAUAUGGCACCUCCAGUCGCUGUGAUACUUGCCAAAUCGCCCAUGCUGGAUGCUUACGACGUCACGAGUAUCAAGGGCGCUGUUAGCGGAGGUGCUCCUCUACCAUCAGAGAUUGUCGAACAAGUUUAUCGGAGGUUGGGUAUAUUGAUAAAGCUGGGUUACGGUCUCUCAGAAUCUGGGUCCGUGUGUAACCAAGUAGGAGAGACAUGGGAAGUGAUUCAGCCACAGCUAGGGAACACUGGCAUGCCGUGUUUCGGUAUUGAGCUCAAGAUCGUGUCUGUCGACGAACCCACCAAGGUCGUAGCUAAGGGCCUCGAGGGCGAGAUUUUGAUCAGGUCUCCAACAAACAUGACCUGCUACCUCAAUAACAAGGCAGCCACCGACGAAGCUCUCGACAGCGAAGGCUGGUUCCACACUGGUGACGUGGGCAAAAUCGACAACAAAGGUCACCUCUGGAUCACCGAUCGCUUGAAGGAUGUGAUGAAAGUCAAGGGCUUCCAGGUCUCGCCUUCCGAACUCGAGAACAUCCUCUGCGGCAGCUCUUCCGUAGCCGAUGCCGCUGUAUGUGGUCUCUUCGAUGCCGGUCUUGCAACAGAGCUACCUAGAGCUUAUGUCGUGCCUUCUUCGAAACAUCUAUUGGCUCAGUGUACGCCAAAUGGGCCCAAAACUCCAGAGCUUCAUGCCCUAGCUCAAGAGAUCAAGCAGUUGAUGGAAGCCAAGACUGUACGGUACAAGUGGUUGACGGGUAACAUUGUGUUUGUAUCGGCAGUGCCAAAGUCACCCAGUGGAAAGAUCUUGAGGCGUAUGCUUGUGGGGGUGCAAGGCGUAGAGAUAAAACUUUACCUGAGCCGGGCUGAGAAGGCAAAGCUGUAG